AGCGGAACGCUACUACCAAAGCCCAGGAGCUCCGACCCGACAUGCGCGCCGCCAGUUUCCUCGCUCGUCGCAUGGCCGCCGCCUCGGGCCGUCGCGCCAUGUCCUCGGCGCACGGCCACGGCCACAACUACCCGCACGGCAUGCACUUCCACGUGAGCCCCGUGCACAAGAACCUGGCGCUGGCCUACGGCACCAUGCUCUGGCUCUGGGUCUUCUGGCGGGCAAAACAGGACGGCCGCGUCGUGCUGGGCCUGGAGCACCCGUGGGACCACGGCCACGGCCACGGCCACCACGAGGCGCACUCGGAGGCGGCGCCCAAGGGCUACGCGCUGGAGAACGGCAAGAUCAAGUACGAGCGCUCGGAAAUCGGCGCGCUGCCGAUGCCCGUGGAGAUUGACGGCGAGGAGGAGAGCGAGGACUCGGCUGACGACGACGUCAUGGACGACCUCCACGACGCUGACGAGGAGUAAUCGCGCUUGGAUCUACACACAGCAGAACAGGUUCUUGCCAGCGGAGACGCGGCUAUUCAUAAAGUGCUAGCUGCCGAAGGCUGCUGGGUCGUUUUAUUCGCUGGAGAGAAGCCUGGUGAAAGGACAAUAAAACCCGACAAAAAUGAACGAAAGGGUGGAUUGACACUGU